AUGGUGUUUCUUAAGAACCAGAUUCCUUCCCGUAGCAAACGACCUUCCAAUUCCUUCGUUUCCCCACUCUCCCACCCCUCCAAAAUCCUCAAACCCACCGCCACCGCCACCGCCACCGCCACCGCCAAUGUCCCCAACAACACUCUGGAUAUUCAAAACGACUCUGCAACACCUCAACCUCAACCAGUAUCACAAGCCCUAAACCCAAGUUACCCAAUUGACAAAAUGGCUUCAAUCCUUGCAGAUGCCGGGUGUACACUAAACAUCACAUCGGGACCCCCUUGUAUGCCUGCUGACUUACACAAGCUCCGGCACCAUCUCCAAAAUCGCUUUUCAUCUGACUCCUCUCUCCGAUCCCAAUUCUUGGCAGGCUUCUCCUCUUACAUUGACAAACAAAAUGAUCUUCGCAGGGUUUUAUUACCUUCCCAUUGCGACAAUUCUGGUAACCGACGACGAAGCGAGAGCUUAGUCAGGGUGCUCUUGCUGGUUCCUUCGAUCCAAUUAAGUAUUCAGAACAUGUUGCUUGAGAAGCUUCCAGAAUAUUUUGAUAAUGAUAAUUGUGGACCUUCUUCAUCAUCCACGUUGCGCCUGGAUGAGGACAUAGCUAGAUUGAUACUGAACCAGUUCCGGUGGCUUGACUUUUUAGUGGAUUCUGAGGCAUUUACUGAGAAUGUGUUCCAAGUGUUGACAAUUUGCCCUCCUCACCUGAAGAGAGAGAUCAUUGGAUCAUUGCCUGAGGUUAUUGGAGACACUAACAAUCAGACUGUGGUUGAUUCACUUGAGAGGGUGUUGCAAGAUGAUUCAACCGCCACAGUUGCUGUAAUUGAUUGCUUCUCCAGUCUUAACUUGGAUGAUUUGUUGCAAGAUAAGGUUAUAUCAAUAGCACUAUCAUGUAUUCGAACGAUCGAAGCGGAGAAGUUGCCGUACCUACUCAGAUUUCUACUGCUUUCUGCAACACCAACAAAUGCCCGGAGAAUAAUUUCACAGUUCCGAGAACAGUACAAGAUGGUGGGAGUCUUUGAUACUCGUUCAGCUCAACACAACAAAUUAAAGGGAAAAUCAGUCGUAAAUAAUGUGGAGGCUUCAGUUCUUGAUGCUUUGGGGUCUAGUCUUCGUUUUAAAAGUAUACUAUGCCAGGAAAUACUUAAAGAACUCCAAUGCAUUGAUAAACCCCGGGAUCAUAAGGUGAUUGACAUUUGGUUGCUGAUGCUCAUUUAUAAGAACUGUGAAUCUAUGCAAAAGAGUGUUGAAAAGCUACUAAAGAAGAAAAUCAUUGAAGGCUCAAUUCAGGAUAUUUUGUUUGAGCAAUGCAUUUUUGGUCACAAGGAAUUGGUAAAGGAUCACUUUUGCUCAUUUUUGCUAUUGUCAGAAUACUUAUUGGCUUGCAAAGAACAGAAGGCAAGCAAAUUUGGCAUUCAAAUGUAUACGUAUCUAUUUGAGGGGUUUCCUGAUACUUACUCAAGACAGGAAGUCUUAGGGGCACUAGUCACCCAUGUGGGUUCUGGCAUUCCUUUUGAAAUCAGUUCUGCCUUAGAGGCUAUGGUCUUGCUAGCCUCUAGGUACUCCCAAGAGUUAAUUCCAAUUUGUUCUUACAUAACCGGUAUAUUAGAUUACAUGGAAGGAUUUAGCACUGAAAACCUUCAUAAGGUAUAUGAUGUUUUCUGCUAUCUAUCACGAUCUGUGUGGUCUGAUACUGAAUCCUUUGGGUCAUCUAUUGCAAAUGAACUCUUCAUGAUCGUUAGGAAGCAGGUCAGUAAUCCAGAAUUCAAGCACAAGAAAAUGGGUCUAAUUGGAACCUUGAAAAUAUUGUCCCAUCUUGGAAACACAAAUAAUACAUCCAAUUCACCUUCGUCACAGAAGUUGAACUAUGAGGAAGCUCUAGAACUGCUGAGAACAUCUCUGGACUCAUGCCAACAGUUGCCUGUGUCGUUAAUUCUCUUUUAUGAUGAACUAUCUGCCAUUCUUGAUUCAAAAACUCUUCAUCCAGCAAUCAUGGAACGGGUUGGCCAACUUGUCGGAGAGUUUGAAUCCAUGUUCCUGUCUGAUCUAGAAAAUGGGACUUUAUCCGCUUCUGACUUGUAUUGUGGUCUAGAAGGGGAGCUAUGGAUGAACUUGGAUGGAGAUAUAUCUCCAAUUUGCAUGAACAUAUUGCCACUGGCUUCCUCAUCAUCAAGGUCAACAUCACUACAAACUCUUCCUGCUAACUUCCGUUUGCUUUCUGUGAUGGAGAGGUUGGGAAAUCAGGGAUCUCUUGGAGGAAUUGACGCACUUCUUGGUUGUCCUAUACAUCUUCCAUCUUCUAAGCUCUUCUUGGCAUCUUGGCAGUCACUCAAUGGAAAGCAGAAACAUGUUGUGUGCCUCUCUCUCUAUUAUGCAAUUAAUUGGAUCAGAGAGCUACUUAAUGCCUUUGGUAGACAACUUGCUGGAAGUUUUGACUGCGUAAGCCAAGCUACAAAGGAAGAUACAGUUGCCAAGAUCUUAAAACGCUUGAGAAACCUUGUAUUUCUAGAGAGCUUGUUGAAUAAUUUUCUCAAAGAGUGUCCUCUAGUGUUACCUGAGCUCUACCUUCAUGCUGAGCUCUCCUCAGCUUCCUUUCCAGGCCAGCCUACUCGUAUUGGAGGGAACAUGGAACAAAAUAGAAUGAAGCAAGGUUCUUCCCAAAGCCGCAAGAGAAAGGAUAAAAAAUCCUCAAAGGCAUUGAAAACUUCUGACACCCAAGGAAAUAGCACCACUCAGCUUACAAUUUUCGAGACGUGGAAGAAAGCGGGUGCAAUACAAAGCAAAGAUGUCAAUGAAAAUUCUACUGGCAUGCCAUCUAAAAACAGCCCAACUGAGGCAGUGGUUUGUUCUACAAGCAACUCCAAUGAAUCAGUAGAUACUGAUAUUGAGAUUUCUGAAGCUGUUAAGCUUCUUGAAGCUCAAAGAUACAAAUUUAGACCUCUUUCUGUUAGCUGUUUCUCCAUUUUGUCAUAUUCAGAGGAUCUUCAUUCUUGUUGUGCUGACCGCACGUGUGAGUUACCUGUGUAUCUUUACCUUCUCCGCGAUCUUCAUAGCAAGCUAGAAGAUUUUAGUCCCAAACCAACGUCAUCCAGAUCGUUGAGCACUCCUCCUGGUGUAAAUGGAAUAACAACAGUUGAAUUUGUAAACAAGAUUCACACAUUGUUUCCGACUCUGAGGAGACACCUGGAUUCUGCUAUAUCAUUACUUGAACAUGGUUCUGAAACUUGUCAAGCACACUGGAAGGAUCAAUCUUCCAUGGCUGGUAAUCCAGAAAUACCUAAAAUGGUAGUUUCUGUACCCUGUGUUUCGAGUUUAGUUGUCAAAGAGACACUUUAUUGCUUCAGCAAGAUGUUGACCUGUCCAGAUUUUAUACUGAUAAAACAAUCAGUUCUCUUGGAUCUGCUCAAGUCUUUCCAGCCCAAAAAAGUCCCUGAUACUGUAGGCACAAAGUCUUUAUCAUCAACAGGAGGCAUAGAUUGCUUAUAUGGUGGUGUUUAUGCUUUCCUAGAAGGGGUUCUGGAUGCGGCACUCUGCUUCUCAUUUAUGCUUGCUUCAGAAGUGGUACUGGCAAUGGAGUCCGUAGUUAUCUCUCUCCAAAAAAUCCUUGACAAACCUCUGGAGGGAACUGGUAAACAUACACUGACCACCAUUCAGGAACUCCUUGCCACUUUGCGCAGCAAACUCAGCUCUUCUGCUCAGAAACUAUUGAGUCACAACUGGCAUAAUGACAUUGAAAAUGGUUGGAAAGGAAAAGGGGAAAUGGUUCAGAAGAUCGUCCACAUUUACUUGGAAAAUUGCGAGUCCACUUCUCAAUCACUGGAGGAACUUGCAUGCUCUAUUUUGCCUACAGUAUCCUCUUCCAGCAGAACAACAGUGGAGGAAUAUAGCCAUGGUUUUACUACUCUUUGUUCCUCAACUUUUGCUGUGUGGUAUAGGGAGUUGCAUGAGCAGAACCUCACUAUACUUCGCAUGUUGGUUAAAGAAGCUGGUCAAAUAAAUAAAUCAAAAGUCAGUUCUCAGCCAGAAGAGGUGCAGCUACUUAUGGAGAAGCUCCAUCGAUCUGUAAAUGUGGUUGUAUCUUUGAUAAAUCUUUGCAGGAUCCAUGGCAAGGUUACUGUUCGCACAAUGGCUGUCAAGUAUGGUGGGAAGUUUGUUGAUUCCUUCCUAAAAGUUUUUGAGUUCCUAGAAAAGCACUUUCAGGGACACAAGCCGCUUAUCAUUCAACUGUUUAAAGACUUUCAGAAAGGAACAAGAACGAUACAAACCUUAUGUUCAGAAGCAAAGGGCUCGAAACAAACCAGUAUCACCAGUAAAAUUCCUGCUACCAAGAGAUCUUUGGAACGCUUCUUGUUUCGUGUUAAGGCCCUUCUUCACUCUUCAUCAAAUGGAUGCACCUUCUGGAUGGGCAACUUGAAACACAAGAAUUUGAUAGGAGAGGUAGUGAGCUCUCAAGCAUAUAUAGACGAUCCAGAUGAAAAUAAUGCACAAGAUUUUUUUGAGGAUCAAAUAGUAACAAAUGUUGAGGAGGAGGAUGAUGAUGGUGGUGGUGGUGGAUUAGGGUUUGAUGGUUGA